UCAGGGACUGGCAAGCUGGAGAGCCGGGCUCGCAGCUGACUGAGGACGGGGAGACGAGGGCUCGGGCGCCACACGCCGCUCCCGACUGCAGCAGGUCCCCUCCCGCCCUCCGCACGGCUCCCGCUCUCCGGCCCCGGGGCAAGGCGCUGCCGGCUGGAUGUGAUGUGGCGAGAUCCACGUGAGGACGACAGACAGAUGCAAUGAUUUGAAAGAUCUUUGAUUUGGAAGAAUCAUCAAUUUUUGCUUUGUGGAAGAAUGCAGUGAAUCCAUUUGCCAACAUUAUUAGCUGGUAUUUUAGAUUCAGUAUCCAAUCUUAGCAUUACUAAUUUCUUAUUAAAUAAUACCUCAAAGUAGAAGAAAAAUGUAUGGAAGUGCAAGAACAAUCAGUAACUUGGAAGGCAGUCCCUCCAGGUCUCCUCGUCUGCCAAGAUCUCCUCGUUUGGGCCAUAGACGGACAAACAGUGGGGGAGGAGGAGGAACAGGUAAGACACUGUCGAUGGAGAACAUCCAGUCCCUUAAUGCAGCCUAUGCAACAUCUGGACCGAUGUAUCUGAGUGAUCAUGAAGGUGUAGCUUCUACUACUUUCCCAAAGGGCACAAUGACUCUUGGAAGGGCUACCAAUCGAGCUAUGUAUGGUGGUCGUGUCACAGCUAUGGGGAGCAGUCCUAAUAUUGCUUCAGCUGGUCUUUCCCAUACAGAUGUACUUUCUUAUACUGAUCAGCAUGGAGGUCUGACUACAUCUUCACAUCAUCAUCAUCAUCAGGUUCCUUCUAUGCUGAGACAGGUUAGGGACAGUACAAUGCUAGAUCUACAGGCUCAACUUAAGGAACUACAAAGGGAGAAUGAUCUUCUCAGAAAAGAACUGGACAUCAAGGAUAGCAAGCUGGGAUCUUCCAUGAACAGCAUCAAAACUUUCUGGAGUCCUGAGCUAAAAAAGGAAAGAGUUUUGAGGAAAGAAGAAGCAGCGAGAAUGUCAGUUCUUAAAGAGCAGAUGAGGGUUUCCCAUGAAGAAAAUCAGCACCUGCAAAUGACAAUCCAGGCACUUCAAGAUGAGCUUCGAACUCAGAGAGACCUUAAUCAUCUUCUUCAACAAGAAAGUGGAAACCGUGGUGCUGAGCAUUUUACUAUUGAGCUUACAGAGGAAAAUUUCCGAAGACUUCAAGCAGAACAUGACAGACAGGCUAAAGAGCUCUUUCUUUUGAGAAAAACUCUAGAAGAAAUGGAAUUGAGAAUUGAAACACAAAAACAGACGCUAAAUGCCAGAGAUGAGUCAAUAAAAAAGCUCCUAGAAAUGUUGCAAAGCAAAGGUUUGCCAUCCAAGGGGAUGGAAGACGACAAUGAAAGAACUCGAAGGAUGGCAGAGGCUGAAUCUCAGGUUAAUCAUUUAGAAGUGAUUUUAGACCAGAAAGAGAAGGAAAACAUACAUCUUCGAGAGGAACUACACAGAAGAACCCAACUUCAGCCUGAACCAGCAAAAACAAAGGCUCUUCAGACAGUUAUAGAAAUGAAGGACACAAAAAUAGCUUCACUUGAGCGCAAUAUAAGGGAUCUCGAAGAUGAAAUACAGAUGUUAAAGACAAAUGGAGUUCUGAACACAGAGGACCGUGAGGAAGAGAUCAAACAAAUAGAGGUUUACAAGAGUCACUCAAAGUUCAUGAAAAAUAAGAUUGACCAACUGAAACAGGAACUUUCAAAGAAAGAAUCAGAACUUCUUGCCUUACAAACUAAGCUUGAAACCCUUAGCAAUCAGAAUUCAGAUUGCAAGCAACACAUUGAAGUGCUUAAAGAGUCGCUUACUGCCAAAGAACAGAGAGCUGCCAUACUUCAGACGGAGGUUGAUGCCUUGAGAUUACGACUGGAGGAAAAAGAAACUUUUCUUAAUAAAAAAACAAAGCAACUGCAAGACCUCACAGAAGAGAAGGGAACCCUGGCUGGAGAGAUUCGAGAUAUGAAAGACAUGUUAGAAGUAAAGGAAAGAAAAAUCAAUGUCCUUCAGAAAAAGAUUGAAAAUCUACAGGAGCAACUUAGGGAUAAAGACAAACAACUAACCAAUCUAAAAGACAGAGUGAAAUCAUUGCAGACAGAUUCCAGUAACACAGACACAGCGCUGGCAACAUUAGAAGAAGCUCUGUCAGAGAAGGAGAGAAUAAUAGAACGUUUGAAGGAGCAGAGGGAACGAGAUGACCGAGAAAGACUUGACGAAAUUGAAUCCUUUAAAAAGGAAAACAAAGACCUAAAGGAAAAAGUUAAUGCUUUACAAGCAGAACUGACCGAAAAAGAGUCUAGUUUAAUUGACCUCAAAGAACAUGCAUCUUCACUGGCAUCAGCAGGGCUGAAAAGAGACUCCAAAUUAAAGUCCUUAGAAAUAGCCAUAGAACAAAAGAAAGAAGAGUGUAGUAAGUUGGAAGCACAGCUGAAAAAGGCUCAUGAAGCUGAAGAAGAAGCCCGUAUGAACCCGGAAUAUGCAGACAGAAUGAAACAGCUUGACAAAGAGGCGUCAUACUACCGAGAAGAAUGUGGCAAAGCUCAGGCCGAGGUUGACAGAUUGCUAGAAAUCCUCAAGGAAGUGGAGAAUGAGAAGAAUGACAAAGAUAAGAAAAUUGCAGAGCUGGAAAGACAUAUGAAGGAUCAAAACAAGAAAGUGGCCAACCUGAAGCACAAUCAACAACUGGAAAAGAAGAAGAAUGCGCAGUUGCUGGAAGAAGUCCGUAGGCGAGAGGACAAUAUGACAGACAACUCUCAGCAUUUGCAGGUAGAAGAAUUGAUGAAUGCACUGGAAAAGACCAGGCAAGAACUGGAUUCUACCAAAGCUCGCCUUGCAUCAACACAGCAGUCUCUGGCUGAGAAGGAAGCACAUCUGGCCAACCUAAGAAUAGAGCGGAGAAAACAGCUUGAAGAAAUACUGGAAAUGAAACAGGAAGCUCUACUUGCUGCAAUCAGUGAAAAAGAUGCAAACAUUGCCUUGCUUGAACUGUCCGCUUCAAAGAAAAAGAAGACUCAAGAGGAAGUAAUGGCUCUAAAACGAGAGAAAGACAGAUUAGUGCACCAGUUAAAACAGCAGACACAGAACAGAAUGAAACUGAUGGCCGAUAACUAUGAUGAUGACCAUCACCAUUACCAUCAUCACCACCAUCACCAUCACCACCGAUCUCCUGGAAGGACACAGCACUCCAACCACAGACCCUCUCCAGAUCAGAUGAUCCAGUCACUGUUGGAGGCACAUAGCCACGGCAAAAUCUCAUGCUGUACAUUGAUCACCUGUCCAACCUUUGCCUAGAGUGUGAUCCCCAGUUCCUUCAAGAGACCCAUCUUUACCUGUCUAUAAA